GGGUGUAAACACAUUGCAGCCAGCAUGCCGGAGAAGGCCCUGGUCACGGUGAGGUUCGGUCCGUACGCCAGCAGCUCGGGCGUGGUGGAUCACCGGAUAUCCCGGCUGCAGGGGCUGCGAGCUGUGUUGGCUGCAGAUGGACACCAAGUUGUCUUGGAAGAAGGACUGGAUCGUGACAUUGUAGAGCUUGUAGUAAAUGGAGAAACCGUUUUUCAAUGUAACAUAAAAGAUUUAGAUUUUGGUGGUGAUGGACAGCUAGACCCUCUUUGUGAAGAAGCCAGAAAAGCUGUACUCAGAAGUUACUAAUCGGCAUAAACAUAUUCCUUUAUGUCCAACACUAAUCAUUUUAGAUAUUCAACAUUACAGUGGCUGUUGUUUUCAGCUAUAUUUCUAAAGCUAUGGAUUUACAAACUGUUGUAAA